CAGAGGUGUGCUGCUCACUUAAGCUUUUUCGCUUUUUCUGCGAGUUUUUCACGUCGCUUUCAUCUUGAGGACGACACUCGCGCUUACUUGAUUAGCUUCAUUCACUCUUGCCGACCGCUUCACUUUCUCAGUCAUCCCGCUCAGAUUUUAUUUCAGGCAACUUCUUUUUUUUUUUUCAUUGAGUGCUGGGGAAAGGUAGGAGGGGCUGUGUAGAGCAGUGUUCUCUCUCUUGCUCCCUCUCUCUUUUCUCUGCCUUAUUCUCUGUCCCUCUCUUUCUCUCUCCUCCCCCCUUCUCUCACUCCUCUCUCCCUCCCUCUCUCACUCGCUCACACCCCCUCCCUCGGCUGUCACUGCCCGGACUGUGUUCACUUCCAAGGAAGGCAGAGUGAAGGAGAGAACAGUUCUCUUUGGACUCAGUCUCUGGAGUUAAUUUCGACUCGUUCUUCCCUCAAGGAAGUUUUCAGAAGAGUGUAAACAGACUUUCCUCCCUCCCUCGGAGGGACAUUCAAAGAUUAGAGGACAGAGGAAGACUGAGGACAGAGGCAACACGCUGAGGAUUCACUCCUACAUUCUAUUUCAUUGCACUGGAAGCACGUGGCAGCCGGCUCUGCCACUGGACCUCCUCGCAGACAGAAAGAGUGAGGUCAUUAUUUCAUUCUUUCUCUCUUUAGGCAGUGCGCGCGCGUGUGUGUGCUUUUUGCCAGUUAGUUAGUCAGACAGACAGUCUCUGUUGAGGCUCACAGACAGAGGCGCAAACAAUGGUGGCUGGAAUGGUGAUGCCCCUUGCAGAACUGCGGGCAAUCUAUGAGCUGCUGUUUCGUGAUGGCGUCAUGGUGGCCAAGAAAGACAAGCGGCCCCAGACCAAACACCCCGAUGUUUCCGCGGUGAAGAAUCUGCAGGUGAUCCGCGCUAUGGGCUCGCUGAAAUCUCGAGGGUAUGUGAGGGAGACCUUCACCUGGAGGCACUUCUAUUGGUACCUCACCAACGAGGGCAUCGUUUACCUGCGGGAUUACCUGCACCUGCCCCCCGAGAUCGUGCCAACCCCUCUGCAGCGGGUACGUCGGCCAGCUGCCACCCUGGCCCUGGCCAAUCGGGCUGCUCGGGUCCAGACAGUGGAGGGUCCAACGUCAUACGUUCCCAAACCCGGCGCAGAGAGCCAUGAAGCUUCGCUGGAGCGCCAGGGAUACCGACACAAGAGGAUGGGGGCAUCUGCUGAGGAGGAGUUGCCAGUUGAGAGAACCCCUCGGUUCAGAGGUCGUCCAAUGGCUGCAGAGCAAGAAAAGCCCAAAGCAUUUCGGAAUUCUGGGGACCAAGCUCAGUCUCCUAUGAGAAACAGUUGGGCUUUUCGCUCAGAACCUGAGCGUGUGAUGGAGCAGGGCUAUGACAAAAGGAUCACCAUGGAGACCACCUCCAAGAGGCCUUUAGCAGAUGCUGUUAGUAUCAAAUCGACUUCAAUGUUUACAGUGCAGGAGAAGGUUGUGUCUGGGAACCACAGAGCUAGCUCUGUUAAAAGCACAACAGCCUUCUCAGAUCUGACCUCCUCCAAUCAAGCACAAAUUGCCACAGUAGCAGCAGUUACAGUUGCAGCAGUGGGAUCAGGUGUGUCAUCUGCCAUUAAAGCAGCCAAAGAGGUGCAGAAAAAAGAAGUACCUGUCCCAGUGCCUCAGGAAACGGCUAAACCCCCCCAAACUGGCAACAAACCAGACAAGGCCGCUGCUCAGGUGGAACCUGCUGCUAAGGUGGAACCUGCUGCUAAGGUGGAGAAACAGGUGAAAAGCACAGGACCCAAGGCCAAGGAACAACCACCCAAACCAGCUGAAGCUCUCACUAAAACACAAACACUAACAGACGGUGUUGACGAAAUGAAAGAGGUGGUGGUGAAGGUUGAACCACAUGGCACCAAACUUCAAAAUGCUUCAUCGCCUGAUAAAGAAAUGAUGAUGUCAAGCAUCUCUGCCAUGUCCUCGCUGAAGGGACAGAAGACUGCUGAUGCCAAGCCCAAAGAAGACUCUCCUAAAGUAUCAACAGAGGCAGUAGUCAAUAUAACAGCACCAGCAGCUUUGAAGACUGAUGUAGUGACAUCUAAAAAUGAUAAUAAAGAGAGCAUCAAAAAGAAAACCGAGGUUAAGCUAACACAAAAACCUGCCCAGCAAACAAUAGAGAACAGUGCUGGCAAACAAGUCUCACCAAGUCCUGUGGAAUCAGCCCAACCCCAGGCUGAAGUUCCUGUCCAGCAGAAGGGAGAGGUCAAAAAGGUUAGCGCUGGUCGUGACAUGCAGGAGCCAAAAGCAGCAUCUUCCCUAGAGGUCACCGUGACAUCUGCAGUCUCUCAGCAGGCUGAAGCCAAGCUGGAAGUGAAAGUGACAGAAGAUGCAGCUAAACAGGCAGGACCACCCACUGUGUGUGUGGAGAGAAAAGUCGUGGAGCAGAAGAGCAUCAAAGUUGAAUUGAAACAAGAGGUUGCUGUUCAGUUAUCAACAACUCCACCUAAACCAACUGAGGUUUCACCCAAGCCCGAGGCCGUGAGUGCAGGGACUGAUGUUCCUCCAAAGGCCACAAAGUCAAAAAAGAAAAAGAAAGCUGCUCCCCCUGUUUUGGAAACAAUCCCAACCCCCCCACCUGCGGUGGAGCCAGAGGCAACUAAGGUGGAGACCGCAACCACCAUUAAUGAUGACUCAUCCCAAUCCUCAGUGUUGACCAGAACAAAUGACCCUCCGCAGACACCUUCAAAAGGAAUGUGCCCUGAGGAAGUCUGUCCGGCAGCAGCUGUGCAUGUGGAGGCCCCGGCACACAAAGGGGAGGUGGAGCCAGUCCCGCUCGUUGCAGAAAAAAUCAAGCGGGAGGUCCUGAAAGCGGAAACAUCCUCCUCGCUGAGGGAAGCACCCGCAGCAGCCGGAGCGUCAGCAGCAACAGCAACAGCAACAGCAGCAGCAACAGUCUCCGCUCACAAGACCAGCCCCCGCGACGAGCAGGGGGAGCCUCCCAGUGUUGCACAACACACAGCCGCUCUCGCUGCUUCUGCCGCCGCUGCUGCUACAGCAGAAUCCGAGAGAGGAGAGAGGGAGGAAAAUCUCCCCCUCACCCAGGCCUCCGAGCAGGGCAAGGAUCUGCAGCCGACACCGCCUGUCAUCACCGUCAGUGUUCCCCCCGCCGCUGAGCCACAGCCUGAGGGAGUCAGCUCUGAAGCGAAGAAGUGUCAGGACGAGGCCGACGGCACCAUGAGGAAGAAGAUAGUCGUGGUGGAGGAGGUCAUUGAGGUGCAGCAUAUUGGGAGCCAGACAGCUGCGGGGUCCCCGCCUGCAUCGGCCCCCGAGCCUAAGGGCGAUGACCUGGACUACGAUGUCUUGGAGCAGCUGGCCAUGGAGAGAGCUCUGCUGGCCGGUGGGGCCCUGGCUGGACAGCGGACUGGCUCUCCAGAAGAGUGGGACCAUUCCCUGGAUGAGCCCGAGGAGAAGACCUGGCCAAACUUCCAGGAAGAUGAGCGGGACCGAGUACAGAAAAAGACCUUCACAAAAUGGGUGAACAAGCAUCUCAUGAAGCACUGGAAAGCUGAGGCCCAGCGUCACGUGAGUGAUCUUUAUGAAGAUCUCAGAGAUGGACACAACCUGAUCUCCCUGCUGGAGGUCCUGUCCGGGGAGACGCUGUCGAGGGAGAAAGACGUUGUGAGGAACUUGCGGUUGCCCCGUGAGAAAGGCCGCAUGCGAUUCCACAAGCUGCAGAAUGUACAGAUAGCCCUGGAUUUCCUGAGGCACCGACAGGUCAAGCUGGUGAACAUCAGAAAUGACGACAUUGCAGAUGGAAACCCCAAGCUCACCCUGGGGCUCAUAUGGACCAUCAUCCUCCACUUCCAGGUCUCAUGUUCUAUUUCAGACAUCCAGAUCAAUGGCCAGUCAGAUGACAUGUCGGCCAAGGAGAAGCUGCUUCUCUGGUCACAGCGCAUGGUCGAGGGCUACCCAGGCCUCCGCUGUGACAACUUCACCACCAGCUGGAGAGACGGCAAGCUCUUCAACGCAGUCAUCCACAAGCACGAACCCCGGUACAUUGACAUGACUAAAGUGUUCCGUCAGAACAACAUCGAGAACCUGGAGCAGGCUUUCAACAUUGCAGAGAAAGACCUGGGCGUGACUCGCCUGUUGGACCCCGAGGAUGUUGAUGUGCCACACCCUGAUGAGAAGUCAAUCAUCACCUAUGUGUCUUCCCUUUAUGAUGCCAUGCCCCGUGUCCCUGAUGCCCAGGAUGGCAUUAAGGCCAAUGAGCUGGAGCUGCGCUGGCAGGAGUAUUACGAGCUGAUCACCAUUCUGCUGCAGUGGAUGCGCCAUCAUAUCCACUACUUCGAGGAGCGAAAGUUCCCCGCCAGCUACGAGGAAGUGGAGAUCCUUUGGCGCCAAUUCCUGAAAUUCAAAGAGACAGAGCUCCCAGCAAAGGAAUCUGACAAGAACCGCUCCAAACAUAUCUACCAGUCCUUUGAGGGUGCCGUUCAGGCUGGUCAAAUCAAGGUUCCCCCAGGUUACCACCCUAUUGAUGUGGAGAAGGAAUGGGGUCGCCUGCACGUGUCCAUCCUUGAGAGAGAAAAACUGCUCAGGAUUGAGUUUGAAAGGCUUGAGCGGCUACAGAGGAUUGUGGGCAAGGUCCAGAUGGAGUCCGGUGUGUGUGAGGAGCAGCUGAACCAGCUGGAGAGCCUCCUGCAGUCGGACAUCCGUCUCCUGAGCGCAGGAAAAUCCGCCCUGCACGCUGCUGAGGUGGAGCGAGACCUGGACAAAGCUGACGGCAUGAUCCGCCUGCUCUUCAACGACGUGCAGAUCCUCAAAGACGGACGCCACCUGCAGGCAGAGCAAAUGUACCGCAGGGUUUACCGUCUGCACGAGCGUCUGGUCAACCUGCGCAGCGAUUACAAUCUCCGCCUGAGGUCAGGUGCCCAGGCCACCAUGGUCAGCCAGCAGUCAACUAUGGUCAGCCAGCAGUCAUCCAUGGUCAGCCAGCAGAGGUCAACCAUGAAGGGGCGCCCAGAGCUGGACGAGGUCACCCUCCGCUACACCCAGGACCUGCUGGCCUGGGUGGAGGAGAACCAGCGCCGCAUCGAUGGGGGCGAGUGGGGCUCCGACCUGCCCACCGUGGAGUCGCAGCUGGGCAGCCACAGAGGCCUGCACCAGACCGUGGAGGACUUCCGCACCAAGAUUGAGCGGGCACGAGCCGACGAGAGCCAGCUGUCACCAAUUAGCAAGGGCACAUACAGAGAGUACCUCGGCAAGCUGGAUCUCCAGUAUGCCAAGCUUUUGAACUCAUCUAAGUCUCGUCUCCGCAACCUGGAUCAACUCCACGCCUACGUCACUGCUGCCACCAAGGAGCUGAUGUGGCUCAACGACAAAGAAGAGGAGGAGGUCAACUUUGAUUGGAGCGACCGCAACUCCAACAUGGCAGCAAAGAAAGAGAACUACUCUGGACUGAUGAGGGACCUUGAGGGCAGAGAGAGGAAGGUCAAUGAGAUCCAGGCCACCGGAGACAAGCUCAUCAAAGAGGGCCACCCGGGCAAGGCGACAGUGGAGGCUUUCACAGCAGCGCUACAGACUCAGUGGAGUUGGAUCCUCCAGCUGUGCUGCUGCAUCGAAGCUCACCUCAAAGAGAACACGGCCCAUUACCAGUUCUUCGCCGACGUGAAGGAGACCGAGGAGACGUUGAAGAAGAGACAGGAGACCAUGAAGAAGAAGUACACAUGUGAUCGCUCCACCACGGCAACGCGUCUGGAAGACCUUCUGCAGGAUGCCGUGGAGGAGAAAGAGCAGCUCAAUGAGUUGAAGAGCCAGAUCGCCAGCCUGAGCAAGCGGGCAAAGACCAUUAUUCAGCUGAAGCCACGAAACCCAACCAUUCCCAUCAAGGGCAAAUUCCCCAUUCAGGCUGUGUGUGACUUCAAGCAGAUGGAGAUCACAGUGCACAAAGGAGACGAGUGUGCUCUCCUCAACAACUCCCAGCCCUUCAAGUGGAAGGUGCUGAAUCGCUCUGGUGAUGAAGCUGUUGUUCCCUCCGUGUGCUUCCUCGUCCCACCUGUCAACAAGGAAGCUGUAGAUAGUGUGUCCAACCUGGACUCCAGCCUCCAGCAGAUGACGAUCCACUGGCAGAGUCUGCACAUCAACAUGAGGAGCCUCCUGGCGUGGCAGUACCUGAUGAAGGACAUCACACUCAUCCGCUCCUGGAACGUAGUCAUGUUCAAGAGCAUGAGAACGGAGGAGUACAGGCUGACUCUGAGGAACCUGGAGAUGCACUAUCAGGACUUCCUGAGGGACAGCCAGGAUUCGCAGCUCUUCGGGGCGGACGACCGCAUGCAGAUCGAGGCCGACUACAAGAAGACCUCGCAACACUACGAGAACCUGCUGCGCACAUGCGAACAAGGAACUGUGGCCAAAGCGAAGGGUGAAAAGGAUGAGUCUGUGUCUAAGACCUACAUCACUCAGGUCAAAGACCUGCGUCUGCAGAUCGAGGACGUUGAGUCUCGCACCAUCGCCAGGAUGCGCCAGCCUGUGGAUAAGGACCCACUGAAGGACUGUUUCCGAAAGACUGCCGAACAAACGAAAGAUCAUACUAAGCUGCAGGGCAUCAAGAAGAAUCUGGAUGUCGUGGCAGGAAAAGCUGAGGAGGUCUUGGCAGCACCCGAGCAGGCUAGCAGUCCAGUGCUGCGUUCCGAGCUGGACAUCACCUUGCAGAAGAUGGAUCAAGUCUACAGUCUGUCCACCAUCUACCUGGAGAAACUAAAGACAGUAGAUGUUGUGGUCCGUAACACGCAAGGGGCAGAGGACGUGCUAAAGAAGUACGAGGACCGCCUCCGUGACGUUCACAAAGUCCCGACAGACGUCAAAGAGGUGGAGAUCUACCGUACCGAACUCAAGGUCAUGCGUAAGAACGCAGAGGGCGAGCAGCCUGUCUUCGACGGGCUGGAGGGUGGGCUGGGGAAGGCGGCGUCCGUCAGCGAGCGCAUGUCCCGCGUGCACAGCGAGCGCGACGCGGAGCUCGAGCACUACCGCCAGCUCCACACCAGCCUCCAGGACCGCUGGCAGGCCGUGUACGCCCAGAUCGACCUGCGCCUGCGGGAACUGGAACAGCUGGGCAGGCAGCUGGGCUACUACCGCGAGAGCUACGACUGGCUCAUCUGCUGGAUCGCCGACGCCAAGCAGAGGCAGGAGAAGAUCCAGGCCGUGCCCAUCACAGACAGCAAGACACUCAAGGAGCAGUUGGCCCAGGAGAAGAAACUCCUGGAGGAGAUUGAAAAGAACAAAGAAAAAGUUGAUGAGUGUCAGAAAUACGCCAAGGCGUACAUUGACACCAUCAAGGACUACGAACUUCAACUGAUCGCUUACAAAGCUCAGGUGGAGCCGCUGACAUCACCCCUGAAGAAAACCAAAAUGGAUUCGGCCUCUGACAACAUCAUUCAGGAGUAUGUGACUCUUAGAACUCGCUACAGUGAGCUGAUGACGCUCACCAGUCAAUACAUCAAGUUCAUCACAGACACACAGCGCCGCCUAGAGGAGGAGGAGAAAACUACUGAGAAACUUAAAGAGGAAGACAGGAAAAAAAUGGCCGAAAUGCAGGCCGAGUUAGACAAGCAAAAGCAGCUAGCAGAGGGUCACGCAAAGGCCGUUGCCAAAGCGGAAAAAGAGGCCAAGGAGCUGAAGCUCAUGAUGCAGGAAGAAGUUAGCAAGAGAGAGGUAGUAGCUUUGGAUGCAGAGAAGCAGAAACACAACAUUCAGCAAGAGCUACAUGAACUCAAGAACCUCUCAGAGCAACAGAUCAAGUCCAAGAGCCAUCAGGUUGAGGAGGCCCUCCAAAGCCGGACCAAGAUAGAGGAGGAAAUCCGCAUCAUCAGGAUCCAACUGGAGACAACUGUGAAGCAGAAAGGCACUGCUGAAACCGAACUGCAGCAGCUUAGGGACAAGGCUGCUGAGGCAGAGAGGUUGAGAAAAGCUGCUCAAGAGGAGGCAGAAAAGCUGAGAAAACAGGUCAGUGACGAGACACAGAAGAAGCGCAAGGCCGAGGAGGAGCUCAAGCUCAAAGCCGAAGCUGAGAAGGAGGCUGCCAAACUAAAACAGCGGGCUUUGGAGGACCUAAACAAUCUCAAAAUGCAGGCAGAGGAAGCAGAAAGGCGAAUGAAGCAAGCCGAGGUUGAGAAGGAACGGCAGAUCAAGGUGGCCCACGAGGCAGCGCAGAAAAGCGCCGCUGUCGAGCUCCAGAACAAGCGCAUGUCCUUCGUUGCAAAGACUUCAAAGCUGGAAGAGUCUCUCAAGCAAGAGCAUGGCACUGUUAUUCAACUCAAAGAAGAGGCAGAACGUCUCAAGAGGCUACAAGAGGAGGCUGACAAGGCCAGAGAGGAAGCUGAGAAGGAGCUGGAAAAGUGGAGGCAGAAGGCCAAUGAGGCUCUCCGACUCAGACUCCAGGCAGAAGAGGAGGCACAUAAGAAGACUGUUGCCCAGGAGGAGGCUGAAAAACAGAAGGACGACGCCGAACGAGAGGCUAAGAAGAGGACCAAAGCAGAGGAGUCUGCUCUGAAACAGAAGGACAUGGCUGAGCAGGAGCUCGAGAGGCAGAGGAAACUGGCUGACACCACGGCACAGCAGAAAUUCACUGCAGAGCAAGAGCUUAUUCGUUUAAGGGCUGACUUCGACCACGCAGACCAACAGCGAUCUCUACUUGACGACGAACUCUACCGUCUCAAAAACGAGGUCAGUGCUGCGGAGCAGCAAAGGAAACACCUUGAAGAUGAACUUGCUAAAGUGAAAAGUGAAAUGGAUAUCCUUCUGAAACUGAAGACCAAGGCUGAUAAAGAGAGCAUGUCCAACACAGAAAAGAGUAAACAGCUGCUUGUGGCAGAGGCUGCAAAAAUGCGAGACCUUGCUGAGGAAGCAUCCAAGCUUCGUGCCAUUGUUGAGGAGGCAAAGAGACAGAGGCAGAUUGCUGAGGAUGAAGCCGCCCGACAAAGAGCAGAGGCUGAGAGAAUCCUGAAAGAGAAACUUGCAGCAAUUAAUGAGGCGACUCGCCUCAAAACUGAAGCUGAGAUUGCCCUUAAAGAAAAGGAAGCGGAGAAUGAACGCCUCAGGAGGAAAGCUGAAGAUGAAGCUUACCAGAGGAAAGCUCUUGAAGAUCAGGCCAGCCAGCACAAACAAGACAUUGAAGAAAAGAUAGUCCUACUUAAGAAGUCCUCUGAAGCUGAACUGGAGAGACAGAAAACCAUUGUUGAUGAUACUCACAAACAAAGACGAAUUGUGGAGGAGGAGAUUCGCAUCCUCAAGCUUAACUUUGAGAAAGCCUCAUCUGGAAAGCUUGAUUUGGAGCUGGAACUAAACAAACUCAAGAACAUCGCAGACGAAACUCAGCAAACCAAAAUCCAGGCUGAGAAAGAGGCAGAGAAGAUGAGGAAGCUUGCAUUAGAGGAGGAAAAACGAAGGAGAGAAGCAGAAGAUAAAGUUAAGAAAAUUGCUGCUGCAGAACAAGAGGCAGCUCGUCAACGCCAGGCAGCCCAGGAAGAAGUUGAACGCCUCAAAAAGAAAGCUACUGAGGCCAAUAUACAAAAAGAGGAGGCAGACAAAGAGGCAGAACGGCAAAUCCUUUCAGCUAAAGAAGCAGCACAGAAAUGCAGUGCAGCAGAACAGCAAGUGCAAAGCAUCCUUGUCCAGCAAAAAGAGGACAGCCUUGUUCAGAAGAAGCUGAGACAAGAAUUUGAGAAGGCUAAAAAGGUAGCAAAAGAAGCAGAAAAAGCUAAAGAGAAAGCUGAGAAAGAGGCUGCUCUCCUUCGUCAACAAGCUGAGGAAGCUGAACGCCAGAAGCAAGCAGCAGAGGUGGAAGCUGCCAACCAAGGCAAAGCUCAAGAGGAUGCUGAGAGACUGAGAAAGGCGGCAGAGUUGGAGGCUGCAAAGAGAGCCCAAGCAGAGGCAGCAGCGAUCAAACAGAAGCAACAUGCCGAUGCUGAGAUGGCCAAACACAAGAAACUGGCAGAGAAAACCAUAAAACAAAAAUCUCAAGUUGAGCAAGAACUUGCCAAGGUCAAACUGCAGCUUGAUGAGACAGAUAACCAGAAGUCUCUUCUGGAUGAUGAGCUCCAACGCCUUAAGGAUGAGGUCGGUGAGGCUUCUAAGCAGAAGGCUCAAGUAGAAGAAGAGCUGUUCAAAGUCAAAGUUCAGAUGGAGGAACUGAUGAAAUUGAAGCAGAGAAUUGUGGAGGAGAACCAGCGCCUUAUCAAAAAAGACAAAGAUAACUCACAGAAGUUUCUUGCUGAAGAGGCCGAGAACAUGAAGAAGCUGGCUGAGGAAGCUGCCAGGCUUAGUGUCGAGGCUCAGGAGGCCGCUCGCAUGAGAGAAAUUGCAGAGGAUGAUCUUGCUCAACAACGGACCCUCGCAGAAAAGGUCCUUAAAGAAAAGAAGCAAGCCAUCCAGGAGGCCUCUAAACUUAGAGCUGAGGCAGAAAUGCUCCAGAGACAGAAGCAACAAGCUCAGGAACAGGCUCAGAAGCUGCUAGAGGACAAGCAGCAAAUGCAGCAACGUCUGGAUGACGAGAUGGAAGGCUUUCAGAAAUCCUUGGAAACUGAGCGCCAGAGGCAGUUGCAGAUAACAGCUGAGGCAGAGAAACUCAAACUGCAGGUGUCUCAGCUCAGCGAUGCUCAGGCCAAAGCUGAGGCAGAUGCCAAAAAGUUCAAGAAACAGGCCGACGAGAUCAGUGCCCGUCUGCACGAGACAGAGCUUGCGACCAAAGAGAAGAUGACUGUUGUGCAGACGCUCGAAGUGCAGAGGCUGAGCAGUAACAAAGAGGCCGAUGAGCUGCGCAAAGCCAUCACUGACCUCGAGAAAGAGAAGUCUAGACUGAAAAGAGAUGCAGAGGACUUACAAAAUAAGUCCAAAGAGGUUGCGAACGCGCAACAGGAACAGAUGAAGCAGGAGAAGACACUCCUUCAGCAGUCCUUCAUUGCUGAGAAAGAAGAACUACUAAAAAAAGAGAAGCUCAUUGAAGAUGAGAAGAAGAAGCUAGAGAGCCAGUUUGAAGAGGAGGUCCGAAAGGGAAAGGCUCUCAAAGAUGAGCAGGAACAGCAGAGGAAGCAGAUGGAGGAGGAGAAGAAGAAACUCAAGGCCACCAUGGAUGCUGCCCUCAAGAAACAACAGGAAGCAGAGCAGGACAUGCUGAAUAAGCAGAAAGAGAUGCAGGAUCUAGCCAAGAAAAAGCUGGACCAGGAGAAAUUGCUUGAAGAUGAAAACAAGAAGCUCCGUGAGAAGUUGCAACAUCUUGAAGAGAUUCAGCAGCAAGCAUCUCUUACCCGUGAGAUCCAGAUUCAAACAGAUGAGGUCCCUGAAGGUGAACUGGUUCACAUGACCAUGGUAGAGACAACAAGGAAAGUCCUCAAUGGUCAAAGCACAGGUGAUGAAGUUGACAGCAGAAAUGGGGAGUCUCCUUUGUCAUUUGAUGGCAUUCGUGAGAAGGUACCUGCAAGUAGACUCUUUGAUGUUGGACUUCUGACCAAGAAAGAGUUUGAUAAAUUGAAGAAGGGCAAAACCACCGUGCAGGACCUCAGCCAAACAGACAAACUUAAGACAAUUCUCAAGGGAAAUAACUGCAUUGCUGGCCUCCUAGUGCAUCCAAACCAGAAGAUGUCCAUCUAUCAAGCCAUGAAAGAAAUGAAAAUUUCACAAAGCACUGGCUUAAUUCUACUGGAAGCACAAGCAGCAUCAGGCUUCGUAGUUGACCCCAUCAAGAACAAGAAGCUUACAGUCAAUGAAGCAGUGAAAGAGGGACUCGUAGGACCAGAACUGCACAACAAAUUGCUCUCUGCUGAAAGAGCGGUCAGUGGUUACAAAGAUCCUUACACAGGCGGAAAGAUUUCAACCUUUGCGGCCAUGAAGAAGGGUCUUAUUGUGGAGAGUGAGGCCAUCAGACUACUUGAUGCUCAGAUGGCCACAGGUGGAAUCAUCGAUCCAGUCAACAGUCACCGUGUGCCAAUUGAAACUGCCCUCAAACAGGGUUAUCUGGACGCAGACAUGAAGAAAAUCCUGGAGAAACCCACAGAUGACACCAAAGGAUUCUUUGACCCAAAUACCCAGGAAAACCUCACCUACAAACAGCUGAUGGAAAGAUGUACUACAGAUCCUGAAACAGGGUUGAUGAUCCUGCCCAUCUCAGAGAAUGCUGCUCUCAGUGCAAGAACAUAUACUGAUGAAGAAGCAAAGGAUGUCUUCAACAAAACAAAUAUCUCUGUACCUUUUGGAAAAUUCAAGGGAAAAACUAUUACAAUCUGGGAAAUCAUCAACUCUGAGUACUUCACAGAUGACCAGAGAAAGGAUCUCAUCCGCCAGUACAAGACAGGGAAAAUCACAAUUGAGAAAAUUAUCAAGAUUGUCAUAACUGUUGCUGAGGAGAAAGAGAAAAAGAAUGAAAUUGCUUUUGAUGGUUUGAGAGCACCUGUGCCUGCCACUGAGCUCUUGGAAUCCAAAAUCAUUGACAAAGACCUGUUCAACAAACUACACAAAGGCAAUAAAACAGUCAAGGAAGUGUCUGAGAUGGACCAUGUUCACAAGUCUUUGAAAGGCACCAACUGCAUUGCUGGUGUAGUUAUCGACUCAACUAAAGAAACACUGUCCUUCUAUCAAGCCUUGAAGCGGGAGGUGGUGAGACCCACUCAUGCUUUAAAUAUGCUGGAAGCACAGGCUGCAACUGGGUUCAUGGUUGACCCUGUCAAUAAUCAGAAGCACACAGUUGAUGAGGCUGUUAAGGCAGGUUUAGUUGGUCCUGAACUUCAUGAAAAACUGUUGUCUGCUGAAAGAGCUGUCACUGGCUACAAGGAUCCUUACACUGGCAAGACUGUGUCUUUGUUUGAGGCAAUGAAAAAGGACCUCAUCAAUAAAGAUCAGGGAAUCCGACUUCUUGAUGCACAGAUGACGACAGGUGGUAUUAUUGACCCAGUGAAAAGUCAUCGCAUUCCCCAUGAUGUGGCCUGCAAACGGGGAUACUUUGAUGAUCAGACAAACAAGCUGCUAAACAAUCCAACAGAUGACAUCAAGGGUUUCUAUGACCCCAACACUCAAGAAAAUGUCACAUAUCUGCAACUCCAAAAGCGGUGUGUCACAGACAAAAAGACGGGCCUUCAGCUUCUGCCCCUCUCUGAUCAAGCUAUCAACUCAAAAGAGGAGCACAAAUACACAGAGGCACAGACCAAAGAUGCCAUGAAUCAGGCAACAAUGGAGGUAGAAAGUGGACCCUUCAAAGGCAAAAAGGUCACUAUCUGGCAGAUGCUAAAUUCUGAAUACCUUACUGACGAGCAAAGACAAGAUCUGAUUAGACAGUACAGAACAGGCAAAUUCACAAUUGAAAAAAUCAUAAAGAUUGUGAUCACAGUCAUUAAUGAAAAAGAAGCAAUGAAACAGGAGAAAGGCAACUUUAAAGGACUCAGAACUAUGGUACCAGGCAAGUCACUGCUCGACUCUAAGAUCAUUGACAAAGCAACGUUUGAUGCAGUUCAGCAAGGCAAGAAGACAGCAGCAGAAGUUAGCAAAGAUAAAUCUGUCAAUAAAUACCUACAAGGUUCAGACAGCAUUGCUGGUAUCUACAAUGACCAGACUAAAGAGAAGCUCAGUAUAUACCAAGCCAUGAAGAAAACGCUCCUCAGACAGACCACGGGUGUGGCACUGCUUGAAGCUCAGGCAGCCACGGGAUUCAUUGUAGACCCACUGAAAAAUCAGUUCUUGACUGUGGAUGAAGCUGUGAAAUCAGGCCUUGUCGGUCCCGAACUUCAUGAGAAACUGCUCUCUGCUGAAAAAGCAGUCACAGGCUACAAAGACCCAUACACUGGAAACAAAAUUGCCCUCUUUCAAGCCAUGCAGAAAGAACUAAUUCCAAAGGACCAAGCAAUGCCCCUCCUUGAGGCACAGAUGGUCACUGGUGGAAUCAUUGAUCCAGUAAACAGCCACCGUCUUCCAAAUGAUGUGGCCAUCCAGCGUGGAUUCUACAGUAAAGAAAUGGCCAACACUCUCUCUGAACCUACAGAUGACAACAAGAGGUUCUCUGACCCCACUUCAGAUAUGAAUGUGUCAUACAAGCAGCUGAAAGAUAAAUGCAUGAGUGACCCAGACACAGGACUUUGCCUGCUGACUCUCUCCAAGCCACAAUCACCAACAAUAGUUGAAAAGACUUACCUGUACACCGAGGAACAGACCCAGCAUGACCUAUCUGGCACCCAGGUUGAUAUUCCAAUUGAAGGCUUUGGUGACAAGCCCAUGUCCCUUUGGGAUAUCAUGAGCUCAAAUCUGAUCCCAGAAUCAGAAAGGGCUAAACUCAUGGAAGAAUACCGGGCUGGCCAAAUAACAAAGGAACGCAUGAUAAUCAUCAUCAUCGAGAUCAUGGAACAGAGAGAAAUCAUCCGAGGGGAGAACGUCAAAACAUGCAAUACAAUUAGACGAAGAAUUACUAUUGAAGAGCUCUACAGUGCUCGCGUCAUUGACCAAGAAACCUACAACCUGCUGAAACAAGAGAAGAAGACCAUCCGUGAGAUCAUGGAGAUGCAGAGUGUGAAAAAAUAUUUGUAUGGCACAGGCAGUGUUGCUGGUGUCAUGUCAGACUCUAACAACAAGAUCGGCAUUUACCAGGCAAUGAAGAGGGGCCUCAUGAAGUCUGAAGUAGCUAUGACUCUCUUGGAGGCUCAGGCUGCAACUGGAUUCAUGGUUGAUCCUGUCAAAAAUGAAAUGCUCACAGUUGAUGAGGCUGUCCGUAAAGGUGUAGUUGGCCCAGAGAUCCACGACAGACUUCUCUCUGCUGAAAGGGCAGUAACUGGUUACAGAGACCCAUACAGUGGCAAGAUCAUCUCUCUCUUCCAAGCAGUGAAAAAGAACCUUGUCACUGAGGAAUAUGCUCUAAAGCUUCUUGAAGCUCAAACAGCCACAGGUGGUAUUAUGGACCCUGAGUUCAACUUCCACCUUCCUUCAGAUGUUGCCACAGGCCGUGGUUACAUUAACAGGGAGACAAUGGAGAGGCUGUCUGAUGAGGUGAAGGGAUAUGUGGACCCCCUUACAGAAGAAGAGAUUUCCUAUGCAAAUCUGCUCAAGAGAUGUAAGGUUGAUCCUGAAACUGGCCUGCGUUUCCUCUCACUUGCCGACAGAAGGCUGAUGUUCAAGGGUCUUAGAAAGCAGAUCACCAUGGAGGAGCUGUUCCGCUCACAGAUCAUUGACCAGAAGACCCUCACAGAACUGAAUGAAGGUCUGGUGAGUGUAGAGGAAAUCAGCAGUAGACUCCAAAAAUAUAUUGAAGGCGAAAGUUGUAUUGCUGGAGUGUAUGUGGAGACCAACAGAGAGCGUCUCUCCAUCUACCAAGCCAUGAAGAAGAAUAUGAUCAGACCAGGGACAGCUUUUGAGCUGCUUGAGGCCCAAGCCGCAACAGGCUAUGUUAUUGACCCAAUCAAGAACCUUAAACUGACAGUCAAUGAAUCUGUGAGGAUGGGCAUUGUGGGUCCAGAAUUUAAAGACAAGCUUCUCUCUGCAGAACGGGCCGUGACAGGCUACAAAGAUCCUUACUCAGGCAAGACCAUCUCUCUCUUCCAGGCCAUGAAGAAAGGUCUCAUUCUAAAAGAUCAUGGCAUCCGUCUCCUUGAAGCCCAGAUUGCCACAGGAGGAAUCAUUGAUCCAGAGGAGAGUCAUCGCUUGCCAGUAGAGGUGGCUUACAAACGUGGCUUCUUUGAUGAGGAAAUGAAUGAGAUCCUCACUGACCCAUCUGAUGACACCAAGGGAUUCUUUGAUCCCAACACUGAAGAGAAUUUAACUUACCUAGGGUUGAUGGAGAGAUGCAUUACAGAUCCAGACACUGGCCUUGUGCUCUUGCUGCUGAAAGAGAAGAAACGAGAAAGAAAGGCAUCCUCAAAGUCCUCCGUGCGCAAACGCAGAGUGGUCAUUGUGGACCCAGAGUCUGGCAAAGAGAUGUCAGUGUACGAAGCGUACCGUAAAGAGCUCAUUGACCAUCAGACCUACCUGGAAUUGUCAGAGCAGGAAUGUGAGUGGGAAGAGGUUACCAUCACUUCAUCUGAUGGCUCUGUGAAGUCUAUCAUCAUUGACAGGAGAUCAGGCCGGCAAUAUGACAUUGAUGACGCCCUUGCCCGAGCUCUCAUUGACCAGUCCUCUCUGGAUCAGUACCGCUCCGGAAACUUGGCCAUCACUGAAUUUGCUGACAUGCUAUCUGGAAAUAUGGGUGGCUUCCGUUCCCGAUCCUCCUCCAUCGGAUCGACCUCCUCCACCUCAAUCAGAACCCCUGCCACCAUAUGGAAUGAUCCAACAGAGGUCACUGGCCCAGUGGCUGGAAUUCUGGACACUGACACCUUAGAGAAAGUCUCAAUCACUGAGGCUAUGCACAGGAAUCUGGUUGACAACAUCACUGGCCAGAGACUGCUGGAGGCACAGGCUUGCACUGGAGGCAUAAUUGAUCCUGCAACAGGGGAGAAAUUCUCUGUCGCUGAUGCAACUGAGAAGGAUCUUGUUGAUAAGAUAAUGGUUGACAGAUUAAACCUGGCUCAGAAAGCCUUCAAUGGCUUUGAGGACCCCAGAACUAAAGUGAGGAUGUCUGCCUCCCAAGCCCUCAAGAAAGGUUGGCUGUAUUAUGAAGCUGGUCAGCGAUUUCUGGAAGUGCAAUACCUCACUGGUGGUCUCAUAGAACCAGAUGUUGAGGGAAGAGUUUCUUUAGAGGAGGCCAUCAGAAAGAGUACCAUUGAUGCUCGCACUGCCCAAAAGCUAAGAGAUGUAAGUGCCUACUCUAAAUACCUGACCUGCCCAAAAACCAAACUCAAGAUUUCUUAUAAAGAUGCCAUGGACAGAAGUAUGGUUGAGGAAGGAUCUGGCUUGCGACUUCUGGAAGCUUCAUCCCAGUCUAGCAAAGGCCUGUACAGUCCUUACAACGUAAGUGGCUCUGGGUCUGCCUCCGGCUCUCGCUCUGGCUCAAGGACAGGGUCAAGAUCUGGCUCAAGAAGGAGCAGCUUUGAUGCCACUGGUUCUAGCUUUAGCAUGAAUUUCUCCUCAUCCUCAUUGACAUCCACCAGCUACGGCCGAAGAUACAAUGCAGGACCUGACAGUGGCAUCAACAUGGAUGAACUAGCCCAGGCCAUUACAGCACUGUCUAUGAUCAGGCCCACCAUUCAAGGCUGCAGUUCAGAGGAGCUUAGCUCUUUCACAACAUUUCUACCCCUUCACACCUCAGUGGCUUAAAAAUGAUAUUCAAAAGGAGGACAACAAAGACAUAUUUAUUCAGCUUUGCAUGUGGUUGCUUUAGGAAAUUGCAUUCCGAAAACUACCAUUUUUUUCUUUUUGGAUUAUUAAGCUCCAACUCUACAUAGUAUGGAUGCUUAAAACUAUGCAUACCUGUCCGGCCUUAAGUGGUUAUUAUUUUGUAUCUAUUUUUUUCCUGCAGUUUCAUAUAAUAUUCAAUAGGGUAGUAUUUUAAAAUAACAUGGUAUUUUUGAUUAAAUGACAACUAUUUUUAUAGAGCAGUUGUCAUUGAGGCUAAUUGUUUUUAAAUAUUUUACAUUUCUAUUCGCAACUUCAGAAAGUUUUUGAUUGUUUUUACUGUUUAUGUUUCUUUGUCUGGAGAAAACUCCAAAAGAUAUGCCAAGAUAGAUAUACAAUUUAUGUUUACCAGAUAAAAAAAAAAUAUAUAUGGCUAUAUUUCUAAGUACAGUAUGUGUAUAGAUAUCUGUUAAAGCAAUUUUAUUAAGAAGAAGAUAUUAGCCAUCAAAGUAAGCAUAAACAAUUGGCUAACUUGCUAAAGCGCAGAGUAAGGAAAAACACUAAAUGUAUAGCUUUUCAGAUUUUAGUUUUUUUUAAGAGAGCAACAUUCAAAGCUGCAAGAUUUUUUUGGUGGGCGAUUUCUGCUCAACCAUCACACAGAAGCACCAAACAUCCUGUCCACAGGGUUUCGAACAUUCAAGUCUGAAAACUCUGACACAUACACGUACUACACAGCCAGUCAAUGAUGUCCAGUGUCCUCAUUAUUAUUUAAUUGCAACUACAAUAUGUCCUCAUACCAACACUCAAGCUCUACUCAGUCAAGUCCCCCAUGACCUACUGUC